UAUCAAUCUUUCAACAGCUGACGAGUCUGGCCCCAUGAGCAUCAACAAACGCAGUGGUGAUUAUGUUCAUCUCUACAAGCCAGAGGAACCGUGUUCUCGUGAAGGAGGUAUUUGUGGCUUAGCAUCCGCUUGCCCCGAAGGCUUCCUCCACCAGACGCCCGGCCUUUGCCCCGAACAGCAAGCUCAGGGGGUCGAGUGCUGUUAUAAAGUCCCCAGCAACGUGAGGGACUGCCGUGGGCGUGGCGGCGAGUGCGUUCCGGAAGCUCGGUGUGGAAAGGCACCUCGAGAGGAAGAGGGAGAGUGUGAUGCUGGGAACGUCUGCUGUAUCUUCCUCUUCUAGGGAAGUCUGUUGCGUUUUCCCCAAGACGGACGAGGAUGUGGGUAUAAGGGAACGUGAUCGAAUGUGGGUUCGUUAAGAUAUCGAGUCGGAUUCUGGGUUUAAAUGGAUUCUCUGUUGGUGUUUGGAAUGUUAAAUUGUCCAUGAGAGUUGAUUUUGUUUUGUUUCUGUUUGAAAUGUUAAAUCGUUCAUUGGGGAUAUUUGGAGGCUCUGUUGGUGUUUGAAAUGUUAAAUUGUUAACUUGGGUUCAUUAAGAUUUUGUCGGUGAUGAAUUGUCAAAUUGUUAAUUUGGAUUUUGUCGGUGAUAAAAUGUUAAAUUCUUGUUAUAGGGGUGAUUUACAUUUCGUGAAAUAUUAAGUUGUGAAAUCUUUACUUUGCUGUUAUUAUAAUGUUUUUGUUGUUGUUUCUAUUAUAAUAUGAUUGUUCAUCUAAGAAGUAAUAACAGGCAUAUGUUAAAUGUGACUUUGAAAAUGCUUUUUUGAGAUAUAUGUAUGAAUAAGUACUUCUUGGAAGGGAAAUUUCCGGGACUUUUUCUAUUAAAAAAUACAGGAUAUAUGAUAGAAAAAAAUCCUUGAUAUUCUUAAACAAAAAUCCCAAAUCUCGCAUCGGAAUCCUUGCAAAUUCCUUCUUUGAAAAGACAUGCAAAUAUAAACAUAAAGCAUUA